UCGGGGGUUUGAAUCCCUCUGAUGUUCACGGCCGCUGAAGCCACAGUGACGGGGGAGAGCUUUACUGGAUCUCAUCCCAACAAAGGGGAGCCAGGACUAGGAGGGGGGGGGAGCAAAGGGGUGCUGGCCCCUUUAAGCCCGUUUAGGAAUAAUUAAUGACGUCGCGCUGUAAACACGACUGACGCUCAGCUGCGUGGUCACAGCAUCCUCUCAGCCCCGGAGCCCCGAGAAGACCUCUCCAGGUUCCCCGGGUUUAUCCGCCGACAGCAGCGACUCCACCGCAGUCCACCUCGACUCUCAUAUGCGGUCUCCAAGAACCAGACGACGGCGGUGCAUCUCUCCUACCAAGUGCCAUGGCUAGAAAGACGGACAUCCCCUCCUCGUACUACGGUGAGCCACGCAAGUUUGACCCAAACUUCAGAGGGCCGGUUCAUAACAGGAGCUGCACUGAUGUGGUUUGCUGUGUUAUCUUCGUCAUUGUCAUCCUCGGCUACAUCGCUCUGGGUACCGUGGCCUGGAUCCAUGGGGACCCCAGGAAGGUCGUCUAUCCAACUGACAGCCACGGUCAGUUCUGUGGCCAGAAGAACACACCCAAUGCAAACAAAGCCAUAUUAUUCUACUUCAACAUGUUAAGAUGUGCCAAUCCUGCAGUUUUAAUUAACCUCCAGUGCCCUACAACCCAGCUCUGUGUCUCCAAGUGCCCUGACAGAUUUGCCACUCUCCUGGAUGCGUGGAAUACCAAAAACUGGGAAUAUUACAAGCAAUUCUGCAAACCGGGCUUCAAGAUUGGCAGUAAGUCCACUAUACAGGUCAUACGAGAUGAAGACUGUCCAUCUAUGAUUGUCCCAAGCAGACCUUUCCUUCAGCGGUGCUUCCCAGAUUUCAUUACAAGAAAUGGAAUUUUAACUGUAGCCAACCAGACCAUCUUCAAAGACGGCGACAAUAACAAGAGAAGUGUCAGCGACCUCCAAAAUGCUGCCAAAGGUAUCGCCAAUCUGCUCAGUGCCAAAGAAGUUGGCAUGAAGAUCGUUGAGGAUUAUGCAAAUUCCUGGUACUGGAUCCUCAUUGGUCUGGUGAUAACCAUGGCAGUCAGUCUGCUCUUUAUCCUGCUGCUGCGCUACACUGCUUGUGUGCUCCUGUGGCUCAUUGUGUUAGGUGUCAUCACUGCUGUCGGCUACGGUAUCUGGCACUGCUACUGGGAGUACAGUUUUCUCAGUGGGAAGCCGGGAGCUAACGUCACCAUCUCUGACAUCGGCUUUCACACGGACUUCAGCGUUUACCUUCACCUCAGCCAGACGUGGCUCGUCUUCAUGAUCGCUCUGGCAGUGAUUGAGGCCAUCGUUGUGAUUAUGCUGAUAUUUCUGAGGACGAGGCUGCGGAUCGCUGUUGCACUGCUAAAGGAGGGCAGCAAGGCAAUUGGCUACAUCAUGUCCUCUCUCUUCUACCCAAUCAUCACUUUUUUCCUUCUGGCCAUCUGCAUCGCGUACUGGGCCGUUACAGCCGUCUUCUUGUCAUCAUCUGGUCAUGCCGUCUAUAAGGUUGCACCCGCUGACGAUAAAUGCAUGUAUGCCAACCUCACGUGCAGUCCAAAGACCUUCGAUCAGACCAACAUCACCAAAGUGUGCCCCGGGUCACAGUGCAUGUUCGCCUUCUACGGUGGGGAGAGCGUGUAUCACCGCUACAUCCUAGUCCUCCAUCUGUGCAACCUGUUUGUUUUCCUCUGGCUCGUCAACUUUACCAUCGCCCUGGGACAGUGCACCCUGGCUGGGGCCUUCGCUUCCUAUUACUGGGCCCUGAAGAAGCCAAAUGACAUCCCUGCCUGCCCCCUCUACUCCUCAUUUAGCAGAGCCAUACGUUAUCACACAGGUUCCCUCGCUUUUGGUUCCCUGAUCGUUGCCGUGGUGCAGAUGAUCCGAGUGGUCCUCGAGUAUCUGGAUAACAAACUGAAAGGUUCUCAAAACGCCUGCGCUCGUUACCUGCUCUGCUGCCUCAAAUGCUGCUUCUGGUGCCUGGAACAUUUCAUAAAGUUUAUAAACAGAAACGCGUACAUUAUGAUGGCAAUAUAUGGAAAGAACUUCUGCACCUCGUCCAAGGACGCUUUCUUCCUUUUGAUGAGAAAUGUUAUUCGGGUGGCUGUCCUGGAUAAGGUGACAGACUUCUUGCUCUUCUUGGGAAAGCUGCUCAUUACAGGAGGUGUUGGUGUUCUCGCAUUUUUCUUCUUCACACAUAAGAUACCAGCUUUUCAAGAAGAGGUGCCAUCCCUAAAUUACUACUGGGUUCCUGUUCUGACGGUGACAUUUGGAUCCUACAUGAUUGCACAUGGCUUUUUUAAUGUCUACGCCAUGUGCGUGGACACAUUGUUCCUGUGCUUUUUGUGGGACCUGGAGGUGAAUGAUGGCUCUGCAGCUCGGCCCUUCUACAUGAACAAAUCCUUGAAGAGCAUCCUGAACAAGAAGAACGUCAGGAAAUAGAAGGAAGAAGAGAGGGAAGGAGAAGGUCUGGAGGUCAUUUACUAGAGCAUUGGACAAGCCUGUGUGGCAAGCAUUUUUACCAAAUGUAUUUUAAGUUUGCAUAAAUUUCACUUGUUCAUUAUAAUGAACUAAGUGUAGUUAUGCUCCUUUUAAAAUUGCAGUCACCUGCACAAUCAUAGUUUAUGGAUUGGAUAAGUCGUCUGUACUUAAAGCUCACUCCAGGAAUCUUUGUAUCGAUGGUGGUCAAAGUUUUUAAAAUGUUAUAACGAAAAUUUGGUUUGUGGCAUAAUUCUUACAGUCACUUCAGUCUAUACACAGCCACAGUGCAUAGUAAGUUCCUAUUGGAACAAGUAAUGUCUUUGUUUGUUGAGGUUGAACCUCUGCUCUUUGUUCUUGAUCUCUUGUAAUUACCAGUUUACACCACUUGGUGGUGCCAGUUAUCACUAGACCUCACUUUUUAGUCCAUGAUGGUCUAUUGUUAGCUAAACAUAUCUGUGGGUUGUUAUCACAGUUUCUGACCUAAAAUGUCUCACAUUGAGAAAAAACGUCCACUGUUUUCAUAUUCAACUGUAAAGGAUGGUAUAGAAGUUCAGUUUUUAAUUCCUAUGUGCAUUUAUUGUUCAAUUGCAUCUUGCAGAUACAUGUUUUUUAUACUUGUAUAUGUUUUUCUCAAAUAACUAUUUUAAAGGGACAGUCAGUCGCCAACUGUGGAAGUUUUUGUCUUUUCCACAUAAUUAUAGUAGAAAUUAAAAGUCAAGUUGAAUUGUCUUAACCAGUUUUGAUGAACAUCACAUAACCAAAUAGAAAUGCCCUCAGAGUACUAGGUGCAACAAUCAAUAUCAAUAUUGCAGUGUUAAUUAUAUCACAAACAGCAAUAUGCGCGUUCUAACCCCAUCAAUCUCAACAAAAAACUUCCCUCUGAAAGUUAAAAGGCAACUGCUUAUACAGCCCCUUCCACCAGCAGGAGCCAACCCAGACCAUCCCACCCUCGCCUGGAAACAGGGAGGAGGAAGUUAACUAUAAGAUCCAAUUUUACAGCCUGUGCUGGCAGCUUGAUUAAAACCCUAUGCACGAAUAGCAAAUACUUAGAGAAGCAGCUCAGUCAGCAUAAAUCAAAUCCGGAAAGAGCAAUGUUAUAGGCCACGCCCACUUGCACCAAUCAAAAUGACAAUUCAGAUUUAUUUAAAUUCUGGCCUCCAGACCAUGCACAGGUAAUUUGGUUCGAUUUGUUGACCUGGUUUUGAGGUAAAUAUAUUUGUCAUAUCGUAUUGGUUGGGUUUAAAAUGCUUUUGGAGCCAAGAUAGGCUGAGCCCCUCUCUUUGCAGAGAUGACAGCCGCCAUGUUUUGUGACCGCUCCUGCUCAUUUCUGACAGAAACAUGCAUCCCAAUUUGGUCCAAAUCCAAAAGGUUCUAUUCAUUAUGUGUUAGCAUUACACUAACACUUAACCUUUUGACAGAUUUGAAAUAUAAACUGCAGGUCCUGACCCUACCUCCAGCCAAUUUACCAAAUUCAACAUAAAAUGCAGUUAUCCCUGCAGACAUGAAUGGGCAGACAGACACCACUGAUUACAAUAUCACCAGUCUGCUAUCACAUAACGCGGCUGUGAAAAUCAUAGCCUUGUUCUCAGACGUCUCUAGUGUGAGUCCAAGCAGCAAAAAAACACAGAACCUGUGACACGUUCUGUUUCUCAUCUUUUCAACCUAUGGGCGAAUCUGUGCGUGACUCAGAGGGUCAUACAUGGAUUAAGUAGCUGCUCUUAAAGAGAUACUCUCCACAAAUGUAUCUUAUUAGUUUUAGAGUUGCUUCCUUUCGGUUGAAAUGUUUCUCUGUCUCCUCUGAUUAAAGGUUCAAUGUGUAGAAUCUAGUGACAUCUAGUGGUGAAGUUGCGUGUUGCAGCUGAAUAGCCCUCCCCUCAACCUCCAUUUCCAAACAUGAAGGAGAACCUGUGGUAACCUUCAGAUUUCCUAAAAACUCAAACAAUUUUUGUAUGUCCAGUCUCAGCUACUUUAAAAACCAUGGUGUCCGCCAUAGAGAGGACCUGCUCCAGAUGUAAAUACAUGAGUUAAAACAUCACUAGUAUUAAUUUAUAUUAGAUUUUUUGCCAAUAGAUCCAUUUCACCUAAAUCUUAUACACUGAACCUUAAAGCCAAAAGUGGAAAUGAUCCUGCCGUCUAUUCCCCAUUAGCAUUUUAGUCAAACAGCAUAAUUAAUCAAAUUCAUUAAAUAGGUUUAAAAAAAACUUACUAUAAACAUUGCAUUAGUUGCCCCUUGAAAUAUACGCUCAUGUCCGGAUUCAGUUAAUAUGCAUAUAUGCUUUUGUGACACAGUUGCUGGUGAAGAUCGAAAUAAGAUUUUAUUAUUAUUAUUAUAAUAUUUAACUAUUUUGGGGAUUCCAGCAUCCCUCUGUAUGCCACUGAGGUCUAGAUCUUUGAGAUGUGACUCCUGUUUGUGAGCCUUUAUCCUGUCAGGCCCUCAUGGUGCCUCCGAGUGACAGCACCGCCAUACGUGCACUCCUUCCUCCCCCGUUUGUGCCGAACACGCUGAAACACGUACGACAUUAACCAUUCAGUGAUAGCAAAACAACUUUUGUAACUGAAAGCAGAGAAACCAUGCACGUAAUGCUCAGUUUGGCAUCUGACACAAAACACGUCGUUAUGCCUUUCAUACAUACUGGAUAACGACUUGCCUACCAGGUGGAUUUACUAACUGUUUGUGUGUGUGUGUGUGUGUGUGUGUGCGGCUCAGGUGUUGUUUCCCUCCCACGAAGGUGAAUACCUAAGAUCUGAUAAGUGAAGUAAAAACAGUUUUUAUAUGCUUCCCCCUCCCUCCCAUGUCUGGAAAAUUAGAUUCUUGGGUCAACCACAGUCAACAAGUACACACAAGUAAAACGUCUCUCUUUGUUAGAAUGGGCGUCAGUUCACUUACUGCAAACUCUUAAAAGAUGCAGCUCUCUAACCCGUUGAUCGACUGAAGGAUGAGCCACACGCCAAACUGUUUUAUUUAUUAUGACCUCUGUUGUGUAUUUAUUUAUACAGUGAAAUGUGCUAUUCUUUUUUUUAAAGAAUAUAUUGCAUGUGGCCAUAUUCAUCACAGUAUAUAUAUACUUUGUUAUUUGUGUUUUUAUCAAUAAACAGUUUUUCUACUA